GCAGCGGCGGCAGGAAAGAGACCCGAAGAGGGGCUGAGGGAGGAAGACGAGAAGGGGGAAGGCGGGAGGACGAGGGGAGAAAGCGGAGGCAGGAGGAGGGAUCCAGGGGGACAGCCCCCAUCCCGCAGGAGAGGGAGAAGGAAAUGAGGAGAGGACGGAGGAGUGCAACAGCAGCAGCAACAGCAGCGCGGCGCAGCUUUCCCGCAGCAGCGCGAGCUCCGCGGGCGGCGUGGUGAAAGGAGAAGGACACUGCUAGAGAAAGGAGGCGGCGGCUCAGGAUCCAGGCUCGCCCAGCAGCUCAUGCCAGGCUGCGGCCGAGGGGAGGCAGCUGCUGCCACUUGGCUGCUCCCCCUUCGCAGCUUUGCAAACAAGCGUCGGGCUUUGAUCGCUGCCGGGCGGCCCCUCCCCCUCGCGUGCGCUGCGGCCCCCCCACCCCCAGGCUGUUCUGUGACCGGGGGAAUGAACGGAAAAUGAGCAAAAAUGUCUGACAAAAUGUCCAGUUUUCUGUACAUCGGGGACAUCGUGUCCCUCUACGCGGAAGGCUCAGUCAACGGCUUCAUCAGCACCCUAGGGUUAGUGGAUGACAGAUGUGUGGUUCAGCCAGAGGCAGGUGACCUUGCCAACCCUCCUAAGAAGUUCAGAGAUUGCCUUUUCAAGGUGUGUCCGAUGAACCGAUAUUCUGCACAGAAGCAGUACUGGAAAGCUAAACAAGCCAAACAAGGAAACCAUACAGAAGCAGCCUUGCUUAAGAAACUACAACAUGCGGCAGAAAUGGAGCAGAAGCAGAAUGAAUGCGAGAACAGAAAGUUGUUGGGCGAAAUCGUAAAAUAUAGCAAUGUCAUACAGUUACUGCACAUAAAAAGCAACAAAUAUCUCACCGUCAAUAAGAGGUUACCAGCUCUCUUGGAGAAGAAUGCUAUGCGGGUGUCUCUGGAUGCUGCAGGGAACGAGGGGUCCUGGUUUUACAUCCAGCCGUUUUGGAAGCUGAGGAGCGAAGGUGACAAUAUAGUUGUGGGAGACAAAGUUGUACUGAUGCCAGUCAACGCGGGGCAGCCUCUGCAUGCCAGCAAUAUAGAGCUUCUAGAUAAUCCAGGCUGCAAAGAGGUAAAUGCUGUUAAUUGCAACACAAGCUGGAAAAUAACUUUAUUCAUGAAAUACAGUUGCUACAGAGAAGACGUUCUUAAAGGAGGGGAUGUUGUUAGACUCUUUCAUGCGGAACAAGAGAAGUUUCUGACCUGUGAUGAAUAUGAGAAGAAACAACAUAUUUUCCUUCGUACAACAUUGCGUCAGUCAGCCACUUCUGCAACAAGUUCUAAAGCACUGUGGGAAAUAGAGGUUGUACAUCAUGAUCCAUGCCGUGGAGGGGCAGGACAAUGGAAUAGCCUGUUUAGAUUUAAACAUCUAGCCACUGGGAACUACUUAGCUGCAGAGCUUAAUCCACACUAUCCAGAUGGGAAUACUGAAGGAAAGGUCAUGGGCCCAGUGCAAGCAAAAACCCUUGUGCCUAAUCAACAGAGAGACGGCGACCUUCCUGCUUCAAAGAAGAAACGGCAAGCAGGGGAGAAGAUUAUGUAUACUUUGGUCUCUGUACCACAUGGAAAUGACAUCGCAUCUCUCUUUGAACUGGAUGCCACCACUCUUCAGAGAGCUGAUUGCCUGGUUCCAAGGAACUCUUAUGUUCGGUUGAGACACCUAUGCACUAAUACUUGGGUGACCAGUACUAGUAUUCCUAUAGAUACAGAAGAAGAGAGGCCAGUGAUGUUGAAGAUUGGGACUUGCCAAACGAAAGAAGACAAGGAAGCUUUUGCCAUCGUAUCGGUUCCUCUGUCUGAGGUCAGAGACUUGGAUUUUGCCAAUGAUGCCAACAAAGUUUUAGCAUCCACUGUUAAAAAGCUGGAGAAUGGAACAAUAACACAAAAUGAAAGGAGGUUUGUAACCAAGCUGUUAGAAGAUCUCAUUUUCUUUGUUGCUGAUGUGCCUAAUAAUGGGCAGGAAGUUUUGGAUGUGUUGAUCACCAAGCCAAACCGGGAAAGACAAAAAUUAAUGAGGGAACAAAAUAUAUUGGCUCAGAUAUUUGGGAUCCUCAAAGCUCCUUUUAAGGACAAAGGAGGAGAGGGAUCGAUGCUGAGACUUGAAGAUCUAGGAGACCAGAGAUAUGCUCCAUACAAAUACAUGUUAAGGCUGUGUUACAGAGUCAUCAGACAUUCCCAGCAGGACUAUAGGAAAAACCAGGAAUAUAUUGCUAAGAACUUCUGCAUCAUGCAGUCCCAGAUUGGUUAUGAUAUUCUGGCGGAAGACACCAUCACAGCUUUGUUGCACAACAACAGAAAACUACUUGAGAAACACAUCACCUCUAAAGAAAUAGAGACAUUUGUUAACUUACUCAGGAGGAAUCGAGAGCCAAGAUUCUUGGAUUAUUUAUCAGACCUGUGCGUUUCAAACACAACUGCCAUACCGGUAACUCAGGAGCUGAUCUGUAAAUUUAUGCUGAGUCCAGGAAAUGCUGACAUCCUCAUCCAAACCAAGCUGGUUUCAAUGCAAAUAGACAAUCCUUUGGAAUGCUCCAUUAUCCCAGAGGAUAUUGAUGAGGAGGAGGUCUGGCUCUACUGGAUUGACAGCAAUAAGGAACCACAUGGCAAAGCUAUCAGGCAUCUGGCCCAGGAGGCUAAGGAAGGCACAAAGUCUGAUUUAGAAGUCCUUACCUAUUACAGGUACCAAUUAAACCUCUUUGCAAGGAUGUGUCUGGAUCGUCAGUACCUAGCCAUAAACCAGAUUUCAACACAGCUCUCAGUAGACUUGAUCCUACGAUGUAUGUCUGAUGAAAGCCUCCCUUAUGACCUCCGGGCUUCUUUUUGCCGUCUUAUGCUGCACAUGCAUGUUGACAGAGAUCCUCAGGAGUCCGUAGUACCCGUUAGAUAUGCCAGACUGUGGACUGAAAUUCCUACCAAGAUCACAAUCCAUGAUAGGUAUGAUUCUUUCACAGACUCCUCAAGAAAUGACAUGAAGAGGAAAUUUGCUUUGACCAUGGAAUUUGUAGAAGAGUACUUGAAAGAAGUUGUAAAUCAGCCAUUUCCUUUUGGGGACAAAGAGAAAAACAAACUUACAUUUGAGGUGGUGCAUCUGGCUCGAAAUCUCAUAUACUUUGGCUUCUAUAGUUUUAGUGAGCUGCUCAGACUGACCAGGACACUGCUGGCUAUUCUAGAUAUUGUUCAGGGUCCUAUGUCGUCAUACUUCGAAAGACUAAGCAAAUUUCAGGAUGGAGGAAACAAUGUUAUGAGGACCAUCCAUGGUGUGGGAGAGAUGAUGACACAAAUGGUACUGAGCAGAGGAUCUAUCUUUCCCAUCAGCGUACCUGAUAUACAGCCAAGCCUCCACUCGAGCAAGCAGGCCAGCCCAGACAGUGAAGAUGUGACUGUGAUGGACACCAAAUUAAAAAUCAUUGAGAUCUUACAGUUUAUCCUUAGUGUUAGACUGGACUAUAGAAUAUCCUACAUGCUGUCUAUCUAUAAGAAAGAAUUUGGAGAAGACAGCGAGACUAUUGAUAGCGCCACCAUCUCUCCACCAGACACACCAGGCCUUGCCUCAGCAAUUGUUCCUGACAUAGAUGAAAUUGCAGCUCAGGCCGAGACAAUGUUUGCUGGCAGAAAAGAAAAAAAUCCAGUGCAACUUGAUGACGAGGGGGGCAGAACAUUUCUACGAGUCCUCAUUCACCUUAUCAUGCAUGACUACCCUCCUUUGCUGUCAGGGGCCCUACAGCUGCUAUUUAAGCAUUUCAGCCAAAGAGCAGAAGUUUUGCAAGCAUUUAAACAGGUCCAGUUACUGGUGUCUAAUCAGGAUGUGGACAACUACAAGCAAAUCAAAGCUGAUCUUGACCAGCUCCGACUGACUGUAGAAAAAUCUGAACUGUGGGUCGAAAAGAGCAGCAGCUACGAGAGUGGGGAGCUAGGUGACAGUCAGGCGAAAGGGGGUGAAGAACCGAUGGAGGAACCGAAUAUUUUAAGCCCAGUACAGGAUGGGACCAAAAAACCUCAGAUUGACAGCAAUAAGAGUAAUAAUUACAACAUUGUUAAGGAGAUUUUGAUUAGACUCAGCAAACUCUGUGUCCAGAAUAAAAAAUGUCGGAAUCAGCAGCAGCGAUUGCUGAAAAAUAUGGGAGCUCACUCAGUGGUGCUGGACCUCCUGCAGAUACCCUAUGAAAAGACUGAUGAAAAGAUGAAUGAAGUUAUGAAUCUAGCCCACACUUUCCUUCAGAAUUUCUGUCGAGGAAAUCCUCAGAAUCAAGUUCUCCUCCACAAAAACCUCAAUUUGUUCUUAACUCCUGGUCUGCUUGAAGCUGAAACCAUGCGGCACGCCUUUAUGAACAAUUACCAUCUGUGCAAUGAAAUUAGCGAGAGAGUAGUGCAGCACUUCGUACACUGUAUAGAGACACAUGGCCGACACGUGGAGUACCUGCGUUUUCUGCAGACAAUUGUAAAAGCAGAUGGCAAAUAUGUGAAGAAAUGCCAGGAUAUGGUAAUGACAGAGCUGAUCAAUGGAGGUGAAGAUGUGUUGAUAUUUUACAACGAUAGAGCAUCAUUUCCAGUCCUCCUACAAAUGAUGUGCUCAGAGCGAGACCGAGCAGAUGAGAGUGGACCCUUAGCCUACCACGUCACGCUUGUGGAACUGCUAGCAGCAUGUACCGAAGGAAAGAAUGUAUAUACAGAGAUCAAGUGUAAUUCACUCCUGCCACUGGAUGACAUAGUGAGAGUGGUAACCCAUGAUGACUGCAUACCAGAGGUGAAGAUUGCAUAUGUGAACUUUGUUAAUCACUGUUAUGUGGACACUGAGGUGGAAAUGAAGGAAAUCUAUGCUAGUAACCACAUUUGGAAAUUAUUUGAGAAUUUCCUUGUUGAUAUGGCAAGGGUUUGCAACACAACUACAGACCGGAAACAUGCAGACACCUCUUUGGAGAAGUAUGUCACUGAACCAGUAAUGAACAUUGUGAGUGGCUUCUUCAGUUCUCCGUUUUCAGAUAACAGCACCAGCCUCCAGACACAUCAGCCAGUUUUUAUUCAACUGCUUCAGUCUGCUUUUAGAAUUUACAACUGUACCUGGCCGAACCCUGCACAGAAAGCCUCAGUGGAGUCAUGUAUCAAAACUUUGGCCGAAGUGGCAAAGAACCGUGGGAUUGCAAUUCCGGUGGAUUUAGACAGCCAGGUAAAUACCCUGUUCAUGAAGAGUCAUUCCAAUAUGGUGCAGAGAGCGGCCAUGGGAUGGAGAAUGUCUGCCCGCAGUGGACCUCGUUUUAAAGAAGCUCUUGGAGGGCCUGCCUGGGAUUACAGGAAUAUAAUUGAAAAACUGCAGGAUGUAGUCUCCUCCUUGGAACAGCAGUUCACCCCCAUGAUGCAGGCUGAAUUCUCAGUGUUGGUUGAUGUAUUGCAUAGCCCUGAACUUCUCUUUCCUGAGGGGAGUGAUGCAAGAAUAAGAUGUGGUGCUUUCUUGUCCAAGUUGAUUAAUCACACAAAGAAGCUAAUGGAGAAAGAAGAAAAACUUUGCAUUAAAAUUCUUCAGACAUUACGGGAAAUGCUCGACAAGAAAGACAGCUUUGCGGAAGAGGGCAACACUCUAAGGAAAAUACUUCUAAAUCGUUACUUUAAAGGAGACUAUGGAAGUGGUAUGAAUGGGCCUCUGUCCGGCAGCUACGGCAAAACUGCACAAGUGGGAGGUGGCUUUUCAGGACAAGAUUCAGAUAAGUCUGGGAUAUUGAUGUCUGAUAUUCAGUGCCUUCUGGAUAAAGAAGGUGCAUCAGAACUAGUCAUAGAUGUUAUAGUAAGCACCAAAAAUGACAGAAUUUUCUCAGAAGCCAUCUUACUUGGUAUUGCAUUGCUUGAAGGUGGAAAUACACAAACACAGUAUUCCACUUACCAGCAACUGAACGAGCAAAAGAAGUCAGAAAAAUUCUUUAAAGUUCUGCAUGACCGCAUGAAAAUUGCUCAGCAGGAAAUACGGUCAACAGUGACAGUCAACACUAUUGAUUUGGGUAGCAAGAAGAAGGAUGAUGAUAGUGACCUAACCAUAUCUGCUCCAAAAAAGAGAGUAAGGGAUUCAACACUGCACCUGAAACAAGGUAUGAAGGGGCAGUUAACAGAAGCGUCUUCUGCAACAUCCAAAGCUUACUCUGUGUAUAGAAGAGAAAUGGACCCAGAAAUAGAUCUCAUGGGCUCAGGAACAGAUGCUACAAACACAGAAGAAAAGUCCACGGAGGAAGCAACAAUGAGCCCUGCUAUCACAAUCAUGCAGCCGAUACUGAGAUUUCUUCAGUUGCUAUGUGAAAACCACAACCGAGAGCUCCAGACCUUCUUAAGAAAUCAGAACAACAAAACAAAUUACAACCUAGUGUGUGAGACUCUCCAGUUCUUGGACUGUAUUUGUGGAAGCACGACAGGCGGCCUGGGCCUCUUGGGGCUAUACAUCAAUGAGAAGAAUGUAGUUCUGGUGAACCAAACCCUCGAGAGCUUGACUGAAUACUGCCAAGGCCCCUGUCACGAAAAUCAGAGCUGCAUUGCUACCCAUGAGUCUAAUGGAAUUGAUAUUAUAAUUGCACUGAUCCUGAAUGACAUAAACCCUCUUGGCAAAUAUUGCAUGGACCUGGUGCUUCAGCUAAAGAACAAUGCCUCUAAGCUUUUGCUGGCCAUUAUGGAAAGCAGGCAUGACAGUGAGAAUGCAGAAAGAAUCCUUUUUAAUAUGAGACCAAGGGAACUGGUGGACGUAAUGAAGAAUGCAUAUAAUCAGGCUCUAGAAUGUGAUGAGGAGGAGGAGAAUGGAGAUAAUAUUUCACCAAAAGAUGUUGGCCACAAUAUAUACAUACUGGCACAUCAGUUGGCUCGCCACAAUAAAACAUUGCAGCAGAUGCUGAAGCCAGGGUCUGAUCCAGAUGAAGGAGAUGAAGCCUUGAAGUACUAUGCCAAUCACACAGCACAAAUUGAGAUUGUCCGUCAUGAUAGAACCAUGGAACAAAUAGUCUUCCCUGUCCCCAAUAUCUGUGAAUUCCUCACUCGAGAAUCCAAAAGUCGUGUAUUUAAUACAACUGAGAGAGAUGAACAAGGGAGCAAAGUGAAUGACUUUUUCCAACAGACAGAAGAUCUGUACAAUGAAAUGAAAUGGCAGAAGAAAAUUAGGAAUAACCCAGCCCUGUUCUGGUUCUCCAGACACAUCUCCCUCUGGGGGAGCAUUUCCUUCAACCUGGCUGUAUUCAUCAAUUUAGCAGUUGCUCUCUUCUACCCCUUUGGAGAUGAUGGAGAUGAAGGCACGCUUCCUCCAUUGUUUUCAGUCCUCCUUUGGAUAGCAGUGGCAGUCUGUACAGCUAUGUUGUUUUUCUUCUCCAAGCCUGUUGGUAUCCGACCCUUUUUAGUGUCUGUAAUUCUCAGGUCUAUAUAUACAAUAGGGCUUGGGCCUACGUUGAUACUUCUCGGUGCUGCUAAUCUUUGUAACAAAAUAGUAUUUCUGGUGAGCUUUGUUGGAAACCGUGGCACAUUCACUCGAGGCUACAGAGCCGUCGUUAUGGACAUGGCCUUUCUCUACCACGUAGCGUACGUCCUGGUCUGCAUGCUGGGCCUCUGUGUGCAUGAAUUCUUCUAUAGUUUCCUGCUGUUCGAUUUGGUGUACAGAGAGGAGACUUUGCUCAAUGUCAUAAAAAGUGUUACCCGAAAUGGCCGCUCCAUUAUCCUUACUGCAGUGCUAGCUCUCAUCCUGGUCUACCUCUUCUCCAUCGUUGGGUUCCUGUUCUUGAAAGAUGACUUCAUCAUGGAGGUGGACCGAUUAAAAAACAGAACACCUAUUGCAGGUAUUGGUGAAGUUCCUACCACAACUCUAACGUCCAUGAUGGAAACAUGUGCAAAAGAAAAUUGCUCUACUGCCCUACCUAUUACCAACCCAGGUGAGGAAGAAAAGGAGAAUGGAAUUGAGAGGACCUGUGACACUCUGCUAAUGUGUAUCGUUACAGUAUUAAACCAAGGCCUGAGAAAUGGUGGUGGUGUGGGGGAUGUGCUAAGAAAGCCUUCCAAAGAUGAGCCCUUGUUUGCUGCCCGAGUUGUUUAUGAUCUUCUAUUUUAUUUCAUCGUCAUAAUUAUUGUUCUGAACCUCAUCUUUGGAGUUAUCAUUGAUACAUUUGCUGACCUUAGGAGUGAAAAACAGAAGAAAGAGGAAAUCUUAAAGACAACCUGUUUUAUUUGUGGACUUGAGAGAGACAAGUUUGACAAUAAGACCGUUUCAUUUGAGGAGCACAUAAAGUCAGAACACAACAUGUGGCAUUAUUUGUACUUUAUCGUUCUGGUCAAAGUGAAAGACCCAACCGAAUACACUGGUCCUGAAAGUUACGUGGCUCAAAUGAUUGUGGAGAAGAAUUUGGACUGGUUCCCUCGAAUGCGAGCCAUGUCCCUGGUUAGCAGUGAAGGUGACAAUGAGCAAAAUGAAAUUAGAAACCUGCAAGAAAAGUUGGAGUCAACCAUGAGUCUUGUAAAACAACUGUCUAGUCAGCUUGCUGAGCUCAAGGAACAGAUGACAGAACAAAGAAAAAAUAAGCAGAGGCUGGGCUUUCUUGGAUCAAACACACCCCUUGUGAAUCAUCACAUGCCACCACACUGAUACCAUGGGGAGAAGCUGUGACUAGCCUUUCAUCGGUAUUCCUGCUUGAUUACAGAAUAAAAAGCUGAGAUUGAGAGGAGUGAACAGUGCCUAUUGUUGCAAAGUUAAAAACAACCAAGUGCCAAGAUGUUAAGUGGUUUAGCUCUGGGAACAAUCUGUAACUGUUUUUUAUGGUUGAAAGGGACCAAAACCUAGAACGCAAGAAAUACAAGGGAGUUCUUCUGUAUUUAUUCUAUGGGCUAAACUCUGCUGGGUUUACACUCUGCAAGUCAAUUGGCUUCAAUUGGGACUGUAUACAAUGCAAAUCAGGGCAGUGUUUGGCUGUGUUCUUAAAGUUAAUUUAAGAUUUCUUCUCAAAGUAAUGGAAUAACCAAGGUGCAGGGGAGGAGGAAUAGUUUAACACCACAAAUGCAGCAGCCUUUUUCAGAAUCAAUCGAAGUUAUUUCUUGUUUUAUUUACCAAAUAGCAACAUCUGUUAUAUUUGCUUGUAUUUACUUUUUUUUUUUUUUUAAUAUUACCAUAAAUACAUCAGCAGGAGCAGUUAUAACAUCACUGCACGUUAACUUCUGUUAGAGGCAAAAAACUCUACGCUUAGACAAAAAAAAAAAAAAAAAAGAAGAAGAAG